ACUCUUUUUGUUAUUUAAUCAUGCUUCAAAGCAAUUUUUUAGUGUUUCUCUGUUAUUUUAAAUUUACGUUCUGCGACCCUGUACUGGUUUAGUCAAGAAAAAAUGUAACAAAGAGAUAAAUGAAAAUAUUUAAUAGUAAACACUUAAUAAUUAGGUUUGAGCUCCUGAAUGAGAUCCAGGUGUGCGACUGAGCAAGGAACAGGUGCCCCAACACAGCUCAGUCCCUUCAUCAAGCUGCCUGCCUAUAAGAAGCUGCCAGACGGCUCCUCUUCCUCUGGAUGUGGAACCACAGUGGCUGUAUCGUCUUCUAGAGUUGUUUUCUAGUGAUCAUCAGAUAAAGCCACACAAGAGGAGAGACUUUAGUUUCACAUCCGGCUGGAAGAAGCUGCUAACUGAUGAAGUGUUUAUCUCACUCUGUAUGCAUGGCCAUGUUCUUCCCCUAACAUCGGCGAGAAGAACCCCAACACAUGGAUUGACUCAGUAGGCGCUGGUGACCGUGGUGUGAGGUGACAGGUGUUCCCCAUCCCCGAUGAUUACUCCCUGGAAUAUUUAAGCAGGAAGCGGCCAGCAUCUCACUGCUCGAGUGUUAGCCAACCGUGUGUUAUGCUGGAGACGACCUGGUUUUUACCCAGACUCGCCUCCGAUUGAUUGUUCCUGUUUCUACCUUGCUUCUCGGAUUACAGAAGAUACUUGAGGGUUUUCAACCUUCAACCAAACCAUGGUCUACUGGACAUAUUCAUCAGCUGGCCGCUUCCAAACUUCAACCAUCAACGACAUCUAGAGCGAACCCUGUCCACCCUCCACCACACCCACGCCCGACAAUCGACUCUGCAGAACUGGACGCUGUCCUCCUGGAUCAAGUCACUAGAGGCAAACCUCACACUUACCCUCAUCAACCUCAGCCGCUUCCAGUUUCCCCACGUACUCUCCUCCUGGCAGUUCACACCCCCCAAUCUAGGAAGAUACAGUUUCAAUUCAUGCUCACAAUUCCAAUAUCCGUGCCCUGGCCGAACAACAGAGACAAACAAACCUGCAGCUCGAACAGAUAUCCGCCAUGUUGCAGCAUUCUCUGAGUAGGGUAACCACUCCAACCACAGAGGGCGCAGUAGCGAAUCCCGAGACACAACGGCUCCCUCAUGUUCGUGACGCCACUUCCCCUAGUCCAGAGAAAUAUUCAGUAGGCGCUGGUGACCGUGGUGUGAGGUGACAGGUGUUCAUCCCCGAUGAUUACUCCCUGGAGUAUUUAAGCAAGAAGCGGCCAGCAUCUCACUGCUCGAGUGUUAGCCAACCGUGGUAUAGCUCAAGCCAAUAUCCAAGUUUCUGCUUCUCCACAUCAAAAAUAGUCAGCUGAAGAGGUCUAUCUGAUCAGGACGCCUUUGGAGGACCCCAAACUGUCUGCAAAAUGAUGGAUGAAUAAAUAAAAGUUGGUGAACCAAGAGGAUCUUCAAGAGAUGGUUGAAGUUAUGUUGAAGGUUGAAAUAGUGAAAUGAUGUUGGUGCAGAUUGACUGCAGGAGAAACAAAAGACUCAGGUCGAAAGUUUGUCUACCAAUGACCACUCCCGUAUUCCCCCAACCCCCGGAGAGAUAAUCUGCACAAGUCUCUCUGACGCUUUUUCUGAUAAAGUUCCCGUCACGCUGCCCGGAGUUGUGUUUGCGUCGCGCCUCCCCCCUCCUGUCUCCCUCCUCCCUCCAAAGGUGACCGGGGAGCCGCGCUCCGUGCUCUUUAUUCACCGUCCUGAAGUUGAAGCGUAACCUGACGCAGAUCAGCUGAUGGAGUUUCUCUGCUCGGCGUGCAGUUCCGUUCUCCAUCCUUCCCUCUGCAGGUGAAUCUUCCUCACAUGUCAGUCUCCGCGCUGCUCCUUCGCCUUGGCUUCGUCUUCAUCCAAAGUCAUGCCCCCCCUGCCGCUCAGAUGUUGAUGAAAGGACGCGCAUGCGUUGAUUUAUUUUGGAAUACUAAUUUUGCAUCCUAAGUUGCGUUCCUGAGAGUAUCCUGCCACUGGCGGGAUCAGAGUUCCCAACGAUGUGGAUUACAGUCUGCGGCGUGUCUCUGCUUAUCACUGUGGUCUGCGGUGCGCAAAGCGCAAACGAACCAAGCAACAUGUCCUACGUGAAAGCCACCGUUGACAAGUUGCUGAAGGGCUAUGACAUCCGUCUGCGGCCUGAUUUUGGAGGAGCUCCGGUGGAUGUGGGAAUGAGCAUAGACAUCGCCAGCAUUGACAUGGUGUCUGAAGUCAACAUGGACUACACCAUCACCAUGUAUUUUCAGCAGUCCUGGAGGGAUAAACGCCUCUCCUACACAGGCAUUCCCCUAAACCUGACCCUGGACAACCGGGUGGCGGACCAGCUCUGGGUUCCUGACACCUACUUCAUUAAUGACAAGAAGUCUUUUGUCCAUGGGGUGACGGUCAAGAACCGGAUGAUCAGACUUCACCCUGAUGGAACUGUGCUCUACGGGCUCAGGAUCACCACAACAGCCGCCUGUAUGAUGGAUCUGCGCAGAUACCCGCUGGAUGAGCAAAACUGCACCUUGGAGAUCGAGAGCUAUGGAUACACCACAGACGACAUUGAGUUUUACUGGCAGGGAGGAAGCAACGCCGGAUCAGUCACCGGUGUGGAGAACAUUGAGCUUCCUCAAUUCUCCAUCAUAGAUUACCAAACCCUCUCCAAGAAGGCCGUGUUUGCCACAGGUUCAUAUCCACGUCUGUCACUGAGUUUUAAACUGAAGAGGAAUAUUGGCUAUUUCAUCUUGCAGACCUACAUGCCAUCCAUCCUGAUCACCAUCCUGUCCUGGGUCUCCUUCUGGAUAAACUAUGAUGCCUCAGCUGCCAGAGUGGCAUUAGGUAUAACCACUGUGCUGACCAUGACCACCAUCAACACCCACCUGAGGGAGACCCUGCCGAAGAUCCCCUACGUCAAGGCCAUUGACAUUUACCUUAUGGGCUGCUUCGUCUUUGUGUUUCUGGCCCUGCUGGAGUAUGCCUUCGUUAAUUACAUAUUUUUCGGCCGUGGUCCUCACCUACAGAAGAAAGCGGCAGAAAAAGCAGCAAAGUCCAACAACGAGAACAAGAGCCGACUUGAGAGCAAUAAAGUGCAGGUUGACGCUCAUGGCAACAUCCUUCUGACGAACCUCCCCACUGAAAUGGGGGGACCGGACAUGAGGGGUGCUCUCAAUGAUCCCCGGGCCACCAUGUUUUCCUACGACAGUGCUAGUAUACAGUACCGCAAGCCCAUGACAAGCCGCGAACUGUAUGGACGACCUGCCCUCGACCGGCCGAUUGGACACAAGAAGAGCCGCCUGCGGAGGAGGGCCUCACAGCUCAAAGUCAAGAUCCCGGACCUCACGGACGUCAACGCCAUAGACAAGUGGUCCCGAGUCAUCUUCCCAAUCACAUUCACCUUCUUUAACCUGGUCUACUGGCUGUAUUACGUCCACUAGAAUGGCGUUUGUGAGCAUGAGUGGUAGCAUUACUGCCGAUGUUUGUUUCUUUUUCAAGGGAAGCUUAAACCUGUACAGUAAUGAAAGAAGAGUUCAGCCCAUUUGUAUAAAUCCUCUUUUGGAACAAGUAGUUCUGGUCUUUACAGUGUAAAUAGAAUUUACUAUAUGAUAUAUAUAAAUCGAUAUAUAUAAAGACAGAGAUAUAAUUUAUUUAAAAAAAUUGCUUUUGCCAUGUAAAUACAGAUAGAUAUAGAGAUUUAAAGAAAGUAAAGUUUCGGUAUUUACAGGUUUAAACAAGCCAAAAACAUUGGUGGCUUUUGUUGGUUUUCUUUUUCUUUUAGUCCCCUUUUUGCAUGUAAAUGGAAGACAGCUUUUGCUUGCUUACAAAGCAAAAAAACAAGGUAAAAACAGAGCAAAAACAGAAGGUAACUCAAACAGAUUUCAUCUAUUAUUGAAACUUGUUCAGAAAAUGGAUGAGUUAAACAAUAACCGAAUAAGGUUGUGGUAGCAGGAAAAUGGAUAAAACUUUACUACUGAACAAAACAGAUCAUAGUCUGCCGUCCGUCCAUCCGUACAGGUAACCAACCAAUCCAUCCACCUUUCUCUCUUAUUGAAUCAAGAUGGUCCCAAGUCAGAAGGGAUAUAUAUAUAUAUAUAUAUAAUCCAUUCACUAAGUUCUGUGUCUCCCACAGAGACUCCUUUCAGUGGGAUGUACCUGGAAAACCUUCUAAUCGAAGUGUCCUGAUCAGAUCCUUCAUCCUUGUACCCAGAUUAUCAUGCUGGGAAUCAGAAAGUUCUUGUCUUCACUUGGCCUGCCACCCAGGUCCCAACCUUGAUGUCUUUGCCACCAAGUAGUGGGUCCAUUUGUAGCCGUUUUCUGCUCUGGACCCCAGAACACAAGGGUUUUCCACCAGGCUCUACAAGGAUUCUUUUUCCAGACUUUUUGAGGUCUGACUCCUCUCCUGGGGCCACAUUGUCAUGGUGACCCACCAAGGAGCUUGUACUCAGGAUCAUUGGGGUACUCAAACCCCUCCACCACGUUAAAGUGGUGAUUUUGACAAAGGGAUUUUGUUUUUGAACAAAACUGAGUUAAUGCAAGUAGCUGAACCUUGUUUGUGUUUUUGUAUUGUUGAAAACUGAUGGAUAUUUAAGACGAACCUGAAUGGGUAAAUCUGCUAAAAUUGGACUAUCCUGUUCUGUCAUAAAAACCGGCCACAUUCAGCCCAUUCAGAGCUGCAGGUUGCAGUUUGGAAUCUCACCUCACAACUGCCGGAUCGGCUCUUCAUCCGAGAAUCAUCUGAAUGAAGCUAAACAGGCAUCUGGAAGUCACCAAUCGAACCAGGCUCCUCUGAAUUUAAAGUGCACACAGAUUCAAACCUCUCCUGUAAACUAUUCAACUCUGUUUCUCAUUUGAGACGUGAAUGUUGGCUGACUUUUCGAGCCUAUCCAUUGAGGUUAGUACCAUUUAUGUAUUAAACACCAGCUGAGCUGCAGCUGCGGAAGGGUUUCCAGCUCAGGUUUAUCAUAGUCUAGAUAAGUAAGGCCAGUAAGGACCUGUUGUCUCUCUGUUUCUCAAUCCUUUAAUGUUUGGCUCUCUUUGCUUCUCUUUCUUCUGGCCUCAUAUUUAAGUUUGAUUUUAUUUACAGACAGAAGUUUCUGUUUAUAAGAUUUGUGUUGAAUCACGUUGUGCACUCUUUAUUUUAGGGUAAAAGCCAAGCAGAUUAUUAAUUGGAACUCAAUAAUAUACUACAUUUACAGGGUUUUUUAUGUCUAGGAGAAGGAACAGUGUGUUUUUAUUAAAAUAAAAACCCCAUAUUCAAGCCCUGAAAAACAGGUUGCUUUUGUUCAAAUUAUGUUCAAAGACAAGCUUUGUGUUAGUAUUUGCUGUUUUAAAGAUUUCACAGUCAGAGAUGAUGAUCUGUUGGAAAACUUGUGCUUAUAUUUUCUGAUGCACAAGUCCCACAGUUGGUUUAAAAAUAUUUAAACUGGCUUUUUCCUGCUGAAAAAGCCUGUCAUCUGGCUUUUUCAGCAGGAAGGGCCUCUGUUGGCAUUUAGGACUGCAUCACAUGACCUUGCACUCUGCAGAAGAGUCAAAAAAUGAAUUUUAGAAGUAUUUCCACUGAAAACUUCCACAGGAGUUUACUUUAUCUACUAAUUCUGCUAAUCUGGCUCUGCUCAGAAAUUGUAUCUUAUUUUGUGACAUGGGAAAACAAGAUAGAUUAUUUUAUUACCUAAAAAGUAAAUUUUAAAAACGUAGAAGCAACAACUUCAUCUUUACCUUGACCUGAGGCUCAUGGCUUUGUUAUUAGGAAAUUAAGCUCUUUUUCAAAUUUUUUCACAUUAUGUUACACUCCCUGACAAAAAUGAUCAGCACCCAGACAGAGUGGUGGAAAUGAAAUUAACUGUAAAUCUUGAAAUGAUUAUUUCACAAGGUGUAGACCCCAUUAGGCCUGGAAAUAGGGUGGGAUACAGACACUGUAUCUUCUCCUGCACCAAGCUGGUCCAAACUUGCUGGAACUGUACCUUGGUACUGACUCAGCUGAUUCCACGCAUUCUGGGUUGGAAAAAGAUGGUGAAGGACACAGCAGAAUCUCAGGCUCAAACAGGCCAUCUCCGUUAUCUAUAAAAUGAUACAGCUCUUUGUAAGACUAUACCCCCCAGUUGGGGCACCACUCCAAAUGCAGCCCUCUUUGCUCUGGUGUUAAUGGCAGUCUGCACAUGGCAUAAGAGGGGGUUGUAAUAUUUGGAAAACAAUGCAAUGGUCCUCAUGGUUGGGGUCAGUUUUGGAUGGCCAGAAUCUUAAUUGACCAGAGCUCAUUAGUUCAAACAUCUGGCCACUGGUAGGUCUGUUUGCAGGACAAAGUUGAGGUGACUGUGGACCACUGGGCUAGAGCCAGGUUUGUUGCCCUAGCAACACAAGUUUCUUUUUGGGUUUUUUUUACAUUUGUAAAUUACAAUAGAUUGAUUGUACAGUUCACUUCAAAUUUAAGGUUCAUAGGCCUUUUCCACAUUAUAUUACAGCAAAAUUCAAAAUGAUUGUUGUGUUCUAGAAAUUGUGUUGAAAUAAAUUGAUCCCAAAGAUACCUAUGCCGGGACUGUAUAUGGCAAAGACCCUAAAAAUACAUCAAAAACAAAGGAGACAUGAAGCAUCCUCCUAUAGCUUGUUUUCAUGGACUUUUUUGUCCUUUGAAGUCCGAUUUUCCAAGUUCACUGUCAGAAAUAUAAAAUCAAGAUCAGCCAUUGAAUUAUGAGGAUGGCAAACUGCCCGAAGGUCAUUAUCCAAUAAGGCCGCCGCACGUAAAACAAAAGCUGCAAAUGUAAACUGUUUAUGAGCGCCUCUGAUGGUUUUUAUAUCUUUAAACCACAGGAACACAUAGCAAUGUACAAUCUGUUUGUGAAUGUUCCUUUUGUGUCUGGUCUCAUAAAAUGGAUAUAUUGUUGGUUUGUAUUGGUACUUGUAAGUUGCACCAGAACAACUGGCAAAUCAUGGCAGUUUUUUCACUUGCACCUAUAAAGCGCCCAUCCAUCCAACAACUAGGAGGUAUUCAACACAGAUGGGACGUCAUUCCCAGAUCCGAGCUUCAAUUUCCGAGCCAAAUCAAAUGCACCGUUAUGUCUGAGGUGAUUUGAGACGAGGGUUGGGUUAAAGACGGUGAUAUGCCAUUGUAGUUUUAAAAUACUUGUGUAUUGGUUAUCUAUAUGAAAUUCCAACAAAUUAAAGCGCCUCAUUUGUUAUGAGCGUAGAAAAAUAAAGUCUUUGCAAACAUCCAUUUGUUAUAAAAUAUAAAGGUGGGAAACUGGACUCCUACCCCUGUUGGCCCUUUUUAUUGUCCAGCCCAGGAUGUACCACUCACAUGAUAUGACCACCCAACCUCAUGCAAACAAUUUGACCUCUUUCAAAAUUUAUCCAGUGUUUGCAAUGCGUCUGGCAAUCUCUUGAUCAUCUGUAUUUGUUUUGACUGCCUAUCAGAUGCUCCGGUUACUGCCAGAUGCCAGCACUUAUGCCCUCUGGUGGCUGUUCCAGAUGUGCCAGCUCCUAACAAUAAAAAAAAUAAAAAUAAAUCACAUCUAAUGAACUGUUCUGCAGGUUUACACCGCAGUCAGACCAUGCAUCUGGGCAGCUGAUCUGUUUUUCUCAGUGAGUAAUAAUAUAAUGUCUACCAUUUUAAAUCCUGUUUUAGGUUUUUUCAAAGUUUUCACCUUUCCACGUAUGAUUUUUCUUUAAAAAUAAGAAUUAAUGAUUGCCUGAUCCUCAGCUCAAACACAGCCACAGGGCAAAAAUAAUCCCAACAUGUUUUUGUUUUGUAAAGGUAACAAUCCUAUUUCACCUGUAUGGCUGCAGGUUUUAUGAGGGCUUUAAUCACAGAAAAACAAGUAAAAACCAGACAUGCUUCUGCUUGACUCGAUCACAGUGGUGUGCUCUUUCCGUAUGACUGAACUUUGUGCCUUUAUACCAAGAAUCUCAAAAUUUUACAGGGUUUAUCUUAUGUAGUGAGUAAGGAAAACAUGUUGAGCUUUUGAAGAAUGAGAUGAAUUGGAGACAGAAUUCAUUUCUCAGACUCUAAUGUAUGUUACCAUUAUCUAAGGGUAGAUUGUAGUGAGACAUUCCAGCAUUAUGAAGACAAUCUUUCAAAGAAAAAAAAGAAAUGCUGCUUGGCUUUCCUGACGGAACAAAGGAAGCACCACAGAUGGACCUCUUUUCUGUGGAUGAAAGACCUAAUGGAUGCAGUGAACAACUGGUUUCCCUACAGGCUGCAUCUGUGGACGGAGGAUGAAGCUUUACAUCCUGUAAAGUGAUGCUCCACAUGUACACUCAAGUGGAAUGGCCUGUGUGGAUUUCAGCAAACAUCAGACACUGGGUGUGACUGGAUGUGUGUGGAAAGUGGGAAAACACCAAGAACAGGAAUCAUUUCUGUCAACAUGCCGAGAAUGAAGAGUUCAAAUAAAGCUGCUGAGAUCUCUGCUUACAAA